GUAGCAUUCCAGUCGGAUCAGAUAACCUCGGCAAACGAGCUUAUCCGACGUGGGGCCCGGCGAAGGGGCACCUGCGGGAACUGGUCUGCCGUGAAGCCAACUCCUGAGCGAUUUACAACUACACGGAUGAACCGUAAUCCUGAUCUAAAUCCGGGGAACUUCACGAGCAGAGCUCAGUUCUCGCUGCAGUAAAAAUCUGUGGUGAAUUUGGAGGGAAAUUUAUCAGCUGUGUCGCUCGGUCAGGACGGGGGAAGUGUGACGAGCUCUCCCGUGGGACAACCCGCAUGUGGUUUUUGUCCCAAUUAUACAGACAGCACGUCAAGUCAGAUUUAUAAUAGAGCGCCGGAUAUCAAGGUGCAACAUUCGCUGGUCCUGUUACCUUUCUGUGUCUACUGUUCUGGGCUUGGAGGAGUGUAGAUUUUUCAGCCUAUGAGAAAACUCCAGGAAAACUUUGUGAACAUUCAGGAGAGAGGGUAAAUGUUUUAUCUGAUUGGCGGAUCUGGUCCAACAGUUGUCUAAUUCAGCAGACGGCCUGUUUCACUCGCUGUGAAGACAUUCCAGUAGGAAUACAUUACCUUUGUUGAAGGUCUCGGAGAGAGGAAGUACGGAGGCCGAGACAUGGAAAAUCCAGACUUUAUCCGCAAUUGUCAGACUUGAUAAUAUCCUGUUGUCGUGGGGUCAUCAAAGGGACAUGCUGAGGAUGAAUACUUGAGAAUGAAGGAAGUUUGUUUUGGAAUUCACACACGAUUGUCGAUGGGAAGAAGUCGAUUCAAUGAGUCUGAAAGCGCAGGGUUGGAAAUGGCACUUUGACACAGGAAAUUUUUAAUCAGCUCCUGUACUUGACAAAAAAGCAGAGACCAAGUCAGGUUUCUUUCCAAAUGAGGUUCUUGUUCGAUUGCAUUGCUUCCUUUAGAAAGAAAAAGCCCAGUUGUUAAUUGUUGAGUCAGAGUUUGUCCAGUGAGGGUCGGUCCCAAGGAGUGGGAUCUGUGACACAUCAGAACUAGAACUGUCAACUGCAUUAGUGGACUGUGGAGGAUGUGAGGAUGCCUUCUGUGGAGCAGUCCCUCGUAGAACGGCUGCUGAAGCAGUCCAUACUAACCGUCUGUAAGGAGGCGGUGGCCUACAGCCAGCGACUGGAGAUCGAUGGAAUCAUCUGUAUCUCCCCCGAAAACCAGGACAAACAAAUCGUGGUCAAAGUUCACGAACUCUUCAAGAAGACUUUUGAUGGGUUGGAAAGGAGUCGACUAGAUGAACAUGACGGUGAUCAGAGUAGUGAAAACUUUGUGUCGUCACUGCAUGGCAAGCCUCUCAAUGGAGACAGGGGUAGGAAAGACUUUAUAGAGGAUUCCAAUGAUGUCCUGGGAGAGAAUUCCAAUAAAGCUCUCAGUAAAUUCAGUGACUUGAAUAGUGAUAGGAACAGUGUGUACGAUGGCAACGAAGACUCGGACAGCUCGCACAACGAGAUGGAGAUCGGGACAGAGAUUGAUGAAGACUCCUCCACCUCCAACCGAGUCAUCAAAAAGCAGAUGAUGAGUAAAAUAAUGGCUCCCAAAUUAUCAAAUCAUAAAAAAUCGCCACGCCUUAAGCAACAAGCAAAUUCCAAAUCAAGCGGCUCAGUAAAGGGUGAUGAUGAAGACGUCCCUGGAUACAUUUAUAACAGUGAAGCCCCGAAAGCCGACAUCAAACCAGUCAAAGAUGUUGAAUGUAAACGCUGCUUCCAGGUCCUUCCCGACGGCCCUUCUUUCGAGACCCACAACCUGAACCAGCACAACGUCUACACCUGCUUGGUGUGUUACAACACCUUUACCUGUCGCAACAACAUGAAGCGCCACAUGAGGCUGCACACGGGUUACAAACCGUACCAAUGUACGCUGUGCUCGGAGAGCUUCACUCGCAAAGACGACAUCAAGCGGCAUCUCAUCAAACACAACUACAACAAGCCAUUCCGAUGCAACCUGUGUAACAAAGGCUACAUGGAUCGAAAAACAAUCAAAAACCACAUGAAGAAAGAACACGGCACCAAACUGCUGCACUGCUGCCCAACCUGUGGCGAAAGCUUCAAUGAUGUCUUGAAAUUCCAGAAACACAAGAAAAGCCACCCAGAGCUGAUGGUGUACCAGUGUUCCAUUUGUAACUUCUCGGGAUCCAACCCUCUGAUGUACAACAAACACAUGCUGGUACAUAGCCAAGAAAAAACCUUCACCUGUGUUCCCUGUGGGUCAGAGUUCACUGACCCUUUCAAAUACACCGGCCACCUUAAGAAACAUCGAUCCGAUGGAAACUUUGAUUCUUACCAGUGUUGCUUCUGCUCCCAUGUUCUUCCAACCUACGACCAAUUCAUCAAGCAUGAGCAUACUCAUGUCCAGAGUAAGCGCCAUACCUGUACUGUGUGCAUGAAACAGUUCCGAUAUCCCUCUAAUCUCCGCGAGCAUAUGCUGAUCCAUUCAGACAUGAGCCACAAAAUUAAAGUACACAUAAAAAAGGAGAUUAUCCCCUCCAACAUCAAGAAUGAGGUUGAUGGAGAUGAAGAUAUGUUGACUUCAGACAACAAAGCAGAGCCGGUCACCAUAAAAACGGAACCAGAAAUGACCGAAACCGAAAAGGAACAGAUUUGUAGCCAGUACUGGUGCACCGAGUGCCAGACGGGCUUCGAGUCGGAGAAUGAUCUCACAGACCAUAUCUCGUUUGCACAUGAUGAGUCUGUCAUGAAACCAGAUGCCUGCAGUGGACUUGAUAACUCGAAUGAUGAUGGAACGUUGAAGUAUGAAGAUUCCCUUAAUGAUGUAGAAGAGGAUGAUGAUGAUUCCAGCAGUGACAACGAGGACGAAAACUUUAAGGUUCCAAAGAAGGUCAACAACAAGGGCCUAAAUAAAGACCCUGACAAUGCCUACAGUCUGCUGCCAUCUCAUUUAAAUCACCUAGCAGAGACAUCAAACAGCAGAAUGAACUCGGAGGAUGAAGAAGUAGGGUCGGAAUGCUCCAACCAGUCAGAACACAAUAGUAUGGGGAACCCUAAGAGUGUUUCUCCCAGUUUCUCAGACACUACGAGCCCUGCCCCUAAUAUGCCAGUCUUCCCGAUGAACGAACAAGAUAACCACACUAGAAUGUCUUCUUCCUCUCCGUCACCGGUCACCAACUCCACCUCUCCCAAUAACUUCAGCACCGUAACGCGAUCUCCAGGAUUCGAGCGGGUCAUCACACCAGAAGUGCUCUUCAGAACAAAGGAGCCUUUUAAGUGUGAUAUCUGUCGUGGAACGUUUGAUGAUUUUGAGUCUUUUGACAAACACUGCAAUUCCAUACAUCGAAGAUAUAUUUGUGAUUUUUGUGGAAAGCAAUUCACUUCCAAACCAAAUCGAGAUCGUCAUGUCCGUUAUCACACUGGAGAAAAGCCAUACAAAUGUGAACUUUGCGGCCAGUCAUUUUUCCGUGGUGAUGAUCUUAAAUAUCACAGAACCACUCGCCACUCCGAUUUUUUCACUUUUAACUGCAACAAGUGUAGAAUGACAUUUGCAUGGGCAAAAGAUUUAGAAAAACACUUGUUGAAAUGCCAUCGUUAGAACUUAUCAUAAUUGUGUAUUCUGCUAUUUUCAUUUAUACCAGACAUUAUGAGUUUUAAGUGACCCAUGGUUAUUAAGGAAUGAAAGUCUUGUGUAUCUCUGGUAGAUAUAUCAGAAACUAAACUUCUCUAAAGCAAAUAUUGAACUCUCUUUUAGAUGACUGAAGUUUUAUCUCAAUCUAGAGACUCUAUCAAAACUAUAGUUUUAAACGAGAAAAGCUUUUGGUAGAAGAAAAACUUCCAUAGAGGCCAUUUUUGAUCUGUAGAGCUGUAUUUGUACUGGCUGGGGGGUGUUCACUAGUACGUAUACUAUAAGGCCCUUGUAUUAUAUUUACUUUGUAUACAUUGGAAGUUUAAUGCACUCUGUUAUAAAUGUAUCUUCUUUUUUGUGUAUAUAUGUAGAUAAGGAAGUUCAGGUACAUGCCUCGUGUGUCUAUUUUCAUAUUUGUGCGUGCAUGUUGCUGAGAGUAUACCCUGGACAUUUUUUAAACAGACUCAGCUGUAGCACUUACCACAAUUCGUGGAAUUUAUGCAAAAUAAAAAAAGUAUGCAUGAAUGUCAGCCUGUUCAGAUGUUUGGUGGUUAUGUAAGGAGUUUUUAAAAUGUCGAAUCGUUAGUUAACAGUAUCAUACAGAACUGUCGGUGAUUACAAUGUCAAGGUUGUUAUUUUUAAAAAAAAUAUUUGUACAGCAUAUGUCUAUGAGCAAGCCGAAUUUUUGAUGUAAAUCUUGUGGAAAAGGGAAAUAAAUUUAUUGUUUGGAGUUUUUUUAACAAAAGUUUGAGACUGUGGUGGAAAUGCAGGGAAUUACUCCUUGGGAAAUACAGUGUUAGUUUCAGAUCCUAUGUCCUGACCUGGUAUUUUUUUUAAUGUUUCUUUUGUGCUGAAAAGUCACACCAGAAUAAUCUGCAGUGUUGCAUGGGAUUUAAAUCUUUUUUCCUUCCACAUUGGGGUAUACCCACUCUUCAGCGAUAUCUGGGAUUUCCCAGCUUUUUUAUUUUGUGGACAAGAUAAUGAACCGCCACCUUCCUUGAUAUUUAGGACGAAUGAUGACUAUGCAUAACAUAUUGGGGUAGACUUGAAUGAAAUACAAUGUACACGUUAGUAUCAGAACAGGUGUAAAAGGGGUCUUAAACUGUGUUUGCAUUAACUUUAUAUACUGUGCCUUAUUGACAUAUUUUCAGAAGCACCAUUACAACUGGUUUUAUACAACAAGUCGCGAUCCAAUAGGAUUUUAGUUAUGUGCUACCCUUUCCCUGUGUGCCUUCAUAUAGAUGGAUGUUAUGCCUUCUGUACAGAAAUAAAUUUAUUAUACCUUUUU